AUGGUGCUGGAUCUGCAGCCUCCUCCAAGAUUCUCAAAGACUAUGGAACCUGUAACUGUGAGGGAACAGACAGAAAAAGACUAUGCCUCCCCUGUCCCGGAAGCUCUUUUUCAGGAAGACCAACUUCAGGAAAAAGUAAAUGUGGAAUUUAAGAACCAGGAUAUCAUGUCCUCAAGUCUGUUUUUGCCUGUGUACCCUCUGGAAGAUCUUCCUGUGUCCUCUGGGGUAUGGGAGCAAGACAAUAGGCGAAUGUCUUGGGACAGUACUGUGGCAGAGCACCUUCCUCUCCAUAGUUCCACCUUCUUCUGGAGAAAUGUAGCACUCCUGCUGCUUCUCUCUCUCUCUAUGGAGGAGAGCACUUCAUCGCCAAUCAAGAGAGUCAAACAGAAACCAGGAGUGUGCCCCCGAGAGAGGGUCAUCUGUGAGACUGAAGUUCCAGACUUCUGCACAACUGAUUUGCAGUGCCUAAAACACAUGAAGUGCUGCUCAUUCGGGUGUGGGAAAAAGUGCAUGGAUCCACUCCAAGAACCCUGCAUGCUACCCUUUGACAAAGGACAGUGUAACAUUAAUAUCUUACGCUGGUAUUUUGACUUUAAACAUCAGUCCUGCCAACCCUUUAUCUAUGGAGGCUGCCAUGGGAAUGCCAACAACUUCAUCAGCAUCGCCAACUGCAAAAUGGCUUGCUCAUCAGCUGUCAAGAAUGGACAGUGCCCACUCUUCCCUUUCAAGGACCGUAUGGUGUGUCCAGCUUCGUGUAAGAGUGACUCCGAUUGCCCCCAAACUGACAAAUGUUGUGAAUCCAUGUGUGGCUUUGUUUGUGCCAAGGCUUGGACAGUCAAAUCAGGUUUCUGCCCACGCAAGCCCAUGGUGUGUUCCAAGAUUGAUAGACCCAAGUGCCUGAAGGAUCAUGACUGCCCAGUGUCACAGAAGUGCUGUUCACAUUGUGGACUGAAGUGCCUGGAACCUCAAAAAUGA